CACACAUCAACCCACUUUGACAUUUGCAAUUAUUACUUAAUUAUAUUUAUUAACUGUUGUUCUUCUUUUUCUAUCUCUACAAAAAAUGAACCUCCAAUCUUUCUUCUCAUUUUCACUUCUCCUAAUUCUCUUCCUCCAUUCCACCAAUACCCUCGCUCAAUCACCAGCAACAGCUCCGGUUCAACCACCUCCGCUUGCCCCGGUACAACCACCGCCAGCACCACCAGUACAAGCACCAUCAGCACCGGUAACAAAAUCACCAGGCCCCACAGAUGUAGUAAAAAUCCUUGAAAAAGCCGGUCACUUCACCAUCUUAGUCCGGCUACUAAAAUCGACCCAAGAGGAUUCAGAAUUACUUUCGGAGCUAAACAAUACAAAUAAUGGAGUAACAAUUUUUGCUCCAAACGACAAUGCGUUUUCAAAUCUCAAAGCAGGCACUUUAAAUUCUCUGUCCGACAGUCAAAAAGCUGAGCUACUGAAAUUUCAUAUAAUUCCUACAUUUAUAUCAUUAUCUCAGUUUCAGACAGUAAGUAAUCCUGUAAGAACACAAGCAGGGACAGGUGGACGGCUGGAUCUUAAUGUUACUACAGUUGGUAGUUUUGUUAAUAUAACUACAGGACUUACUAAUGCAAGUGUUUUAGGAACUGUGUAUACAGAUAAUCAGCUAGCAAUUUAUCAGGUUGAUAGGGUUUUACUUCCUUUGGAUGUAUUUACCCCGAAGCCUCCUGCUCCAGCUCCGGCGCCGGCAACCGAAAAGUCUGGUGGCAAGAAAGAUCCUGAUUUGGAGAGUCCCACCGGUAAUGUUAAUCCUAAGGAUAAAGAUACUAUUUCUAGUGCAGAAAAUUUUACUGGGCAUAACAAUUUGGGUUUUCUUGCAGUAUUUGUUUUAUUAGGAACCGUUCUUGGGUGGUUUUGAUUUUCUUUUUGAGUUUUUUUUUGAAUAAUUUCUGCGGAUUUUUGGAGACCGUUGGAUGGUGAUUGGUGGGUGUGAUUUUGAAUAAUUUGUUCUUUUUCUACCAUCUAUACAAGUGUAUAUUCAUGGAAGAUCAUCAUGCACAGACCGCAUAAAGUGAACGUUUGAUCACGAAGGAGAAGAUGAAGGAAAUAUUAUCGAGUUUUAUCAUCAUUAAUUUGUUUUGAUAAUUAUUUGAAUUGUGUUUGGUAUAAUUGUUAUUCUAAUUAUCUGAAUAAAAAAUUAGCCUUUCUUUUCUUUUA